GUUUCUUUGCCGUCAGUUCCGAUGUCCGUUUGCAGUCAUCCGUCCGUGCCCCGCGUCCGGAUGGUUGUGUGCACUCACCAUUGCAAUGCGGCCGUGACUCUGCAUCCUGGCUUGACGAUGCGUUGCGUUCGCCUUCUCCUUCUCCGCCUCUGGUUGACACUCCGCCUUCUCAACCUGGCUCUUCUUCUGUGAGCGGCUUCGAGGUUGUUUCUUCGACCGCCCCUUUAUAUCCUUUGCGUGCCCGACCGGCUCCGGCGGCUGCUGUGCCUCGCACACUUGUGCCUCGAGCCGCCAGUCCACCUGUGUUUGCGGCUCCCACUCCGGGUCCUGCUGCUUGCCCUCGGCGGUGGGCCGAUGGUCGGCCCAACUCUGCUUAUCGCCCGUGUGGCUUCGAGGAGGCCCGCCCAUGCACAUCGUUGUCUCCCGUGUCCUUGCACACCCCUGUCUCCUCCUCGACCUUCUCAUUCUCACCGCCGUCUGUUUCCUCGGCACUUCCAGAUCCGUCUCUCCCUCGGGGUACCAUGCCGGCGCAUUUGUUGCCACCCGUGUCGCGCCUGCCUUCGGCUUCGGCGUCUUACCAGUACCCUGGGCCUCGGCUGCAACCCGUUUCCCCUGCUUCUAUGCAUUUCCCUGCCGUUUCCACUCCUGCUCCCAAAGCCGGCGCUGCUAUGUCCACCGCGGGCCGUGUCCAGCUGGCCAUGCAUGCACUGUCCGCGCGCUGGUUUGCCAUUCUGUGUGCGCUGGCUUCUGCAUCCGCACUUUUUGUUGACUGCCAGGCCUCCUCUAACCCGGAGGCUCACAUGUCCCGUGCGAUCGCCAAGUUCGCGCCCUCCACCUUGGAGCGCUACUUUGACCAAUGGUCUUCCUGGUCCCGUCACUGUGAACUUGCGGGGUUUCACCCGGCUUCCCUGCCUCCUGGGUUUCUUCCCGACUGGAUUGCGUCUCGUGCUAGCGCCCAGGGCCUGGCAACCGCCCCCCUGAAGGCCUUGGCUUGGAUGUGCAAAACGGCCGGCCUGCCUUUUCUGCGUGACUCUCUGUCAUCUCCAUUGUGCCGGGCCUUCGCCGUUGCCUCCGCCCCGCCCGAGCACCGCGAGAGCUUGCCGCUCAGCUUGUCCUUUGUGGUGUGGCUGGAGCAGUCCGUGCUUGAUCCGAACACGCCGGCUCAAGUUCUCCGUCUCGGGUUUGUGAUUGUGCUUGUCUGCGUUUGGGCUUCCCUUCGCUGGGGGGCCCUUGUCGGUGUUUCCGUCCGUACGAAAACGACAAAACGAGGUAUGCCGUGGGGGCUUCUGGUGCACGGCUUCCUGGGAUCCUCUGCUUCUUCAUGGGCACUCCGUUUCCUAUCGUGCCUACGCCAGUCGGUGUCCGACACACUGGCUCUUCACCCUACGCGCACUUUGGAUUUUUUGCCGGCCGUCCUGUCCGGCAGCGAGAGCCGUCCACUCAUUUCCGAGCCUUGGGACCGCGACAGUUUCGUUCCCUGGCUUCGGGACUUGCUCAGUCAGCACUGGUCUUUGCAUUCCCGUGAGCCUCUCCCGUCCGUGUUCUCUUUGGUGGCUGCGCAGUCCCUUAAGGCAACUAUGCUGAGUUGGGCCCGCCAGCUCUCCAUUGAGUCCGAUGCCCGUCGCAUUCAGGGGCAUCAUCGACUUUCUGGGGCCGACCGUUCCGUGGCCCUGUACUCUCGUGAUGAUCUCAUCCCCAUGGUCCGUUUACAAGCUCGUGUGGUCGCGGCCUUCCGCAACGGCUUCCGUCCUUUGCAACCCGUUGGCCGUGGUCUUGAGGCCCCCGUUGCAGAUUUCCCUGUGGUUCUUCCUUCUGGAACGCUGCCGUCUUUGGAUUCGGCUGCUUUGCCGCCUGACUGCCUCCCCGACGCCCCCGUCUCGCCACCCGCUGCAAGCCCUCCCGUGCCAGCAGAUCCUCCUCCUCCCCUCCCGACAAUUCCGGUUCUCCCGGUUCCCUCGGCCGAGGAUGAUCUUGUGUCACUGUCUUCGGAGGAGUCUGAAGCUCCGCCCGCAGAUCAGGACGAGGCUGAGGAUUGGGAGGCCGACUUGGUCGAAAAAGCGGCCAUCAAGGCUGCAUCCUCCGACCCCUGGCUUAUGCAUAAUCCGCGCAGCAACGUUGUGCACUUUGCUCAGACUUGUGCCCCGGAUGCUCUUCGUUCGCCAGAUGGUCUCCGGACCCUGCUGUCUGGUCCGCCCGCUGGUUCGGUUUUGUGCCUGCGCGGCGCCUGCUUUUCCCGUUUGUCGCAGCUAGACUGA